AUCAGUGCUGCCAAUCAGUGCCACCUAUCAGUGCCAUCAGUGCCACCUAACAGUGCCAGUCAGUGCUACCUAACAGUGCCCGUCAGUGCCGCCUAUCAGUGCCAGUCAGUGCUGCCUAUCAGUGCUGCCUAUCAGUGCCAUACAUCAGUGUCAUGUAUCAGUGCUGCCUUUCAGUGCCCAUCAGUGAUGCCGGUCAAUGCCUAUCAGUGCAACCUACCAGUGCCUCCUCAUCAGUGCCCAUCAGUGCCACCUAUCAGUGUCCAUCAGUGCAGCCUCAUUAGCGCGCAUCAG